AGUCCAAUAAGCAGCGAUUGGAGACGCAGCCGUUCCUGAGGUGACAUGAACCUCAGUGCUGAUGGCGAUGCGAAACUAAAAAUGACUGCGUUUGAUUGCUUUCUGAGGUUAAUCGCCACUUUUUGGGAUCAUUAACACCACGGUAAAGUUUUAGGAGUAAAUUUGUGUGAGGAUGGAGUGGUUUGUAAACGCCAUGAAGUCGCCGCCUGAGGAGAGCCGCUGCACGAGCCCUGAUCACCAGAACCGACUUCACGAGGUCAGUGCGGAGAGCAUGGAGUCUCUUUGUGAGAGACAGCAGCGGUGUGUGAAGGCCUCCAUCGUGUCCAGUUGGCAGUUGGUGGAAGCUCAGGACCGGCUGUGUGGUCUGGAGCUGCACAGUUCAGAGUCAGUAGAACAGGCCCGGGCUCAGGCGCUCGCUUCCUCCGCCCACCUCUCUGAGACCGAGGAGGAGUGGAGGAGGAAGGAGAGCAUGCUGGAGUCCCGCUCAAACCCCGUCCUCGGACUGGACCCCGAACAUGGUGGCUUCGACAAAAGCAUCAUAAACGAUCCCAAGCCCAGGGGGAUGGACACAGAUUACGACAAGAGCUUAACGUUCGUCCAGCGCCACGAGGAGGAACUGAAGCAUUUUGGAAUGUUGAGGAGGUGGGACGACAGUCAGCAUUUUCUGGCCCAGUUGCCCCACCUGAUCUGUGAGGAAACCGCAAACUACCUGAUCUUGUGGUGCUUUCGUCUCUACACUGAAGAGAAGGAAGCUCUGAUGGAGCAGGUCGCUCACCAGGCCGUAGCCAUGCAGUUUAUCUUGGAGAUGGCCCACAGUGUGCAGCAGGACCCUCGCGCCUGCUUCAGACAGUUCUUCCAGAAAGCCAAAGCGGGACAGGAGGGAUAUUUGGACGUCUUCCACACUGAACUCGAGGCCUUUAAACACAGAGUGAAGGAGUAUGCUGUGAAACCCAAAGUGGACACGCCCAAAACUCCGGAGCAGCCGUGUACGCCGACCGGCUGCCGACUCGACCCCAAAGAAGUGCUGGAGAGUCUGCCCCCUGAGCUGAAGGCGUGUAUCCAGUCACAGGACAUGCAGAUACUCCAGAACGCUCUCAGUACCAUGAAUCCACAGGUGGCAGAGUAUCAUAUAAAGCGGUGUUUGGAGGCGGGGCUCUUUUCACAUCCUGGGCGGAGCUCUAAAGACGAGAACACAGAAACAGAAGAUCAAAGGAUGAUGGAGAUGUCCUAACACACACACACGCUACGCUGUCUCUUACUCGUGUUCAGGGUGAUGAAGUUGAAGUUUGUGUGAAGAUCAGAUACAACCUUCAUCCUGGAGGAGGAGGAGGAGGAGGGCGGCCCUCAUCAGAGACUUUUUUUUUUUUGGGGUGUUGUUUUGGAUCCACGUGUGAACUUGUGCUGCACUUUAUAUCUGAUUGAGAUGAUGGUUUAUAAACAUAGAACAAAGAUAGGACGAGGUAUUUUUGUGCUCGUUUUAUUACGUUUCUCUCGUGAUAUCGAUGUGUGACAAACACUGGUUUAUGUUCUCUCUGUUUUUACAGGUUUUUUACAGGUUUUUUUUUUCCCUGUCAGAGCUUCUUCAGGGCUGUAAAACUAUUCUGUGAAACUUCAGCAUCUGACUUCUUUCACUUUCUCAAAUGAUUUCUUUCUUUCUCUUUAUUUAUUUUUUUAACAAAAUGCAUAAAAUAAUUGAAACUUUCUCCUCUUUGUAGUGCAUUUUAUGUUUAAAGAGAUUAUUUUUUAAAGGAUCCUUCUUUUGACUUUUUUGACUCGUGUGAAAUGAUUUCCUUCUUUUUCCCCCGAUUUAAAAAAAAAAUUUAACUUGAAAUUCUGAGGAAUUUAAUUAAACGUUCACCCUGUAGUACAAAAGAAAGACGUUAUUAUAAAAGGGAAAUCAUUUUGACGUUUUCUUCCCAUCUCCUUUUUGAAAUUUUUUCAAACAUAAUGUGCAACUCUCACCCUGUACUGCAUUUUAUGUUUAAAGGGGAAAAAAAUUAAAAAGGAAAGGAAGAAACUUGUUUUUGACAGUAUUGAACGAUUUCCUUUUUUCCUCUUUUUGCAUUACAUUUUUUUAACAUAAAAUGUCACAUGGAGGAGAUUCAUUAAUCCUGUUUAUUCAUCAUGUGCUGUAUUUUUUAUAUUUGAGGGUUAAAAAUUUAGACUUUUUUUUUUUUUAAACCGUCAGUUUCAAAUGAUUUAUCUUUCCUUAACAUAAAAUGCACUACGGGCCCAAUAACUCAUUAAUGUGGGUUUUUGUUAUUGUUUUGUUUUUUUUUUCCUCUCUAGUGCAAAAAUGUUUUUUGUGUUGCUGAAAUUUCCGAUCUGGUGGAGGUCAGAUAUCGUAUUGAAAAUAAACACACAACCGGAGCCGGGAGCUAAUCAUAGCCCGAACAUCAGCGUGGGAUGGGUUUCAGAUCUGAGCUCUGCGCUGCCAAAUAAAUCAUGAUCCAUGGAGACACACACACACACACUCGCUCACACUUGGCUGAAUACUCUAAACAGCAUGAAGCAAGAACAGGAAACUUCCUUGCAAGUGUUCACGUCACUGUGUGGAUCUGAGGCCUAUGCAACGUGUCGCUUUUAUCCGCGUUAAACAGUAAAAUGUUGAGUAUAAAGUUCAGAUCGGUGUCUCACGCAUUUCAGUUUGUGCUGGAGGUCCGGACAAAUUUCUCACCUCUCAUUAUCUGUAGCCGCUUUAUCCUGUUCUACAGGGUCGCAGGCGAGCUGGAUCCUAUCCCAGCUGACUACGGGCGAAAGGCGGGGUUCACCCUGGACAAGUCGCCAGGUCAUCACAGGGCUGACACAUAGACACAGACAACCAUUCACACUCACAUUCACACCUACGCUCAAUUUAGA